AUUGAAACAAUAGCACCGUAGAAUGGGUAAUUAUGGAAACUGAAAUGACGCUGCUUCUCUCCCUAUUUAACCUUCUACUCUUCUAAAGUAUUUGAGGAAAAAAAAUAAAAACCCACUUUUAGGAAGCAGAGCUGUAAUUGAGAAGGAUAACAAUUUUUUUGAGAAGCCCUAUCUUCAGUAGCUGCAACAGCGAUUCAAUUGUGCAUUUGGUGAUUAUUGAGGUUUCUGGUGUGAUGGCUUUAAGGCGUAUGCUUGGGUAUUCGGAUGGAGAGUUAAUGAGAUCAGAUGCAAAACCUUGCACAAGACUAAUGAGACAAACUGCUGGGAUUUUUUCUGUUGGAGGAGCAUUAGGAUUUUGGAUUCUUUGCCGAUUGCACUAUGGUCCUAGAAUCACAGUUCCUAGAAGUCUUAGAUGGGCAGCUUGUGGGGCUGUUACUGUGAGCUCAAGCACCGCUUUGCUAGUUCGUCUAUUUAGUCCUGAAUGUGAACCACAAAAUAUAGCUGCCUAUGACAAGAAGGGAUGAUGUUGCUUUUCUUCGGAGAUCAGUACGUAAAACUGAGGUGUUUUAAGGAUUCUCCUUCCACAGGCAUAACACAUAUGGUGGUUGCGUGGGUUAGCCACUGGAGAACGACCAGCGUUUCAAUUCUUAACUAUUUUCUCACUGAGGGCCUAUUAUAUUUGCCACUAAUAUUUCAAUUGCUAUUGCUUAAAAUUCUAUGCACUUAUUUGUGUGAAUGAUUUAUCAUUUGGCUUAAGCUUCAAAGGUUAUCUGAUGGUAUGUCUACACUUCAAUAAGAUCUUACUACUA